AUGGAGCACUACGCACCCCAUCCAAGCUCAAAAUUCGAAGGAUACUACUCAAAGUUCGACCUGUCCAGCGGAUCGCACAUUGCCCUCAUCAUUUGCUCAGUCCCAAAUGCCUUCAAACGGCCACAUAUGGUAUCAUUUACGUACUAUCCGACAUCCGGCAAACCCAUAUUUCAGCGCGAACACUUCGUCAACAAUAUUGAGAGAGUGACCACGGAUGUAAAUACUAAGGCUUUCGAGCUGCGCAUACCAGGCCUAGGAUACAUGCGUGCCAAAGGCGAUGGAACAAGUUCGUACAGUCUGAAAGCCGAAGAUUGGAAUUUCGAAGUAGAAAGCACCACCUACACAGCAUGGCGGGAAGACAAGUCCACUCCCGAAGGAUGGAUGAUCCGGCUCCCUCUCCCACUCCACUGGCACGUCCACUCGCUCUGUUCGCCUUGUACAUUCACAUUGUCUAUCCCCUCAUUAGGAGACAACUUUCCGCCAGCCGACCGCAGAGGUCGCGCAACUUUUCACCAAGAAAAGAACUGGGCAAAUAGCUUCCCAGACGCGCACAUGUGGGUCCAGGCCUGGGACGCAAGUAACAACAAAGGUGUAUGCCUCGCUGGCGGCAAGAUCCUAGGCCAAACCGCAUAUCUGCUUGGUUAUCGUUCACCCACUCUCAACCUCGACUUCGUGCCACCUUUCUCGGUAUCCUACCUCAAUAUCUUCUCACCAUUCAUGAAUGUUGACAUUGACUGGCCGAGUCGGUCCUUCAACCUCUCCGUAUCGAACUACUUCUACAAGCUCGAUCUCAAAGCGCAAGCGCCAAAGGAGCCGGGCUGGUUCGGUCUCGCGAGCCCGUUUCCGGAUGGGCACAGGCCGAACUAUUGUCGGGAGAGCUUUUUGGCGACGAUUGAAGUCAAGGUCAGUGAGCGGAGUGGAUGGAUGCCAUGGAGUGCGUGGAAAGAAAUUAAGACGGAAACGUUUAAUGGAGCAAGUUUGGAGUUUGCGGGCGGAUACUAUCCUGAGCGUGGGGAAUCGAAAGAAGAGUGA